CCAUUUAAAAUUAACCUAGAGGCAGAGAGACAAGAUUACAGACCAGUAGGAACAAGCCAUAAUCAAAAGGCUUCACCCUUUGUGGCCGCAGCCAACAUCGAUGAAACACGUCAGGUGGUGAGCCCAACCUACAACUCCCCUAUUGGCCUUUACUCUUCAGGCAAUAUCCAGGACGCCUUACAAGGGCAACUCAAGGGCCUCAUCCAUAGCAAACCAGAAAGUCCCAGGAAACUUAACAAUAUAGAGGAGUCCGAAGUAUAUCGGAUGCUGCAAAGAGAUCAAGAUGAGGAUGAAACCCAUGAACCGCGACAGUCGGGAUCCUUUAAAGCAUUACAGAGCUUUAUCGACAGUGAGGGUACACGUCCAUUAGUGACAAGGAAAGUCCGUGCCCCUACGACCAAGUCAUCUGCUCCUGUGGGGAACUUGCACAAGCUACCAAUGUGUGAUAAGUGUGGUAACGGCAUAAUUGGGACGGUUGUGAAGGUUCAGGAUAAGUUUCGUCAUCCGGACUGUUUUGUGUGUGCUGAAUGUGAAGAAAACCUAAAGCAGAAAGGAUAUUACUUUAUAGAUGAUGAGCUAUACUGUGAAACCCACGCUCAUGCCAGGGCAAAACCUCCUGAGAGUCCAGACCUUUGACCUUCUCAUUGUUCUUUUGAUUACAUGAGGGCACAAACUACAAGUCAGCUACUCAGUGCAUGAACAUCUUGUUUUAACCACAGGCAUAAAGUUUUACCACAAUUCAUGCACAAUCAUGUCAACCAGAUACUGAGAGACACAUUUAUGAAUAGUGCAUUGUUGUGUCAUGUGUGCUGGGAUGCAGUAUUUUGCACUUUAUAGGAAUAGGAUGUGUUGACUGAAAUAUGUUUGUAUGAAUAAAGGUUUUGUUUUUGGAGAAUCAUAAUAUCUCUUAUCAGGUGUGUUUGAGCA